GUAAGAUAUCUUAUCUGUUGAAUAUUAAUGUGCCUAAAAUUAUUAUAACUUCAAAUUCAUUUCUGAACAAAAUUUCAUGUGGAACACAACAUAAUGAGUUGCUUGCAGCAGUUACCUCGGAUACUUUGGAGAAAAGGGUCAAAACUCCUAGCUUCUCAUCAAAGUAACUAUUCUUCAAGUUCAUCAGAAGGAGGAUAUAAUUUCGCUUUAAAUGAUACCCAGAAGGAAUUUCAAGAGCUUACCAGGAAGUUCGCGAGAGAGGAAAUUAUGCCAGUUGCCGCAGAGCAUGACAGAGAGGGAAAAUUUCCUUGGGAAAUUGUAAAGAAGGCCCAUUCUUUGGGGUUGAUGCAUGGACACAUCCCAGAAGAGUUAGGAGGAAUGAGCUUUGGCGUUUUUGACUCGUGUAUCGUGUCAGAAGAAUUAUCCUAUGGCUGUGCUGGAAUAAUGAGUGUUUUCGAAUCUAGUAAAUUGGGGCAAACUCCUGUGAUAGUGGCUGGCACCGACGAACAGAAAAAAAAGUACCUUGGCAGACUCAUGGACGAGCCACUUGUAGUUGCCUACGCCGCCACUGAGCCCGGUGCUGGAUCGGAUACCAACGCCAUCAAAACAAGAGCUGAAAAAAAGGGAGACGAAUGGAUUCUGAACGGUCAGAAAAUGUGGAUCAGUAACUGUGGGGUGGCCAACUGGUAUUUUGUACUAGCUCGAACGAACCCAGAUCCAAAGGCUUCCGCUAGCAAAGCUUUCACCGGCUUCAUCGUGGAGAGAGAUUGGGAAGGAGUUGUGCCCGGUAGAAAGGAAAUAAACAUGGGUCAGAAAGCAGCUGAUACGAGAGGCUUAACUUUCGAAGACGUUCGUAUACCUAAAGAAAACGUUUUGAGAGGCGAAGGUGAAGGAUUCAAAAUAGCCAUGGAAACUAUGGACAUAACCAGAACACCGGUCGCUGCAGGGGCCGUAGGCCUGGCCCAACGCUGCCUGGACGAGGCCUCCAAGUACGCAAUCGAACGAAGGACCUUCGGGGUCCCCAUCGCUCAACACCAAGCCGUAGCCUUCAUGCUGGCCGACAUGGCCAUAGGUGUCGACACGUCGCGGUUGGCCUGGAUGAAGUCCGCCUGGCAAUACGACAAUGGGGUUAGGAACACUCUGGCCGCCUCCAUAGCCAAAUGCUACGCCGCCGACGUGGCGAACAAGUGCGCCACUGACGCCGUCCAAGUGUUCGGGGGCAACGGCUUCAACAGCGAGUAUCCCGUCGAGAAGCUGAUGAGGGACGCGAAGAUCUUCCAGAUCUACGAGGGAACGGCGCAGAUCCAGAGGGUCAUCAUUGCCAAGAAUAUCAUUGAGAAGGCGAAGAGUUUGUGAAGUUCUGAAUAAAUGGGGUUAUGAAUG